CUGGUAUAGGCAGAGAUGGGGGGGGGGGGUGUUAAGAGGGUGUCUAAAACUGAGAGCAUAAAUACUGAACCCAAAGCACCAAGGUCACAAAGAAGAACGGCAACAAGUCUCAAGAGCCGGCCACAACAAAGAGAUUGAACAGCAACAAGAGCCAAGGGAGAAACUGUGCUUUUUUGUGUGUGUGUGUGUGUCGGCGAGAAAGCAUUCAUCUUCAUUGCCUGUCUAUCUGGCACAUUCUUGCAUCUUCUCUGUCACCUUUGGUCUCACCAUGAGAAGAGUUCUGGCUUUGUUUGUGUUGGGGACGUGUAUGCUGAGUGGAUGGUGCGUUCCCCUGAAGAAGUCUGUGUCCGUCACGUUCCCUGGAGAUGUCCUCAAGAACAUGACGGAUACGGAGCUGGCAAAUAGCUACUUGAAGAGGUUUGGCUACAUGGACGUUCAGCACCGCAGCGGUUUCCAGUCCAUGGUGUCCACCUCCAAGGCUCUGAUGAGAAUGCAGAGGCAGAUGGGGUUGGAGGAGACAGGGACGCUGGACAAGUCUACGGUAGCAGCCAUGAAGGCACCUCGCUGCGGGGUCCCUGAUGUACGCUCCUACCAGACCUUCCAGGGGGACCUGAAAUGGGACCAUCACGACAUUACGUACAGGAUCCUGAACUACUCUCCAGACAUGGGAGCCUCUCUGAUAGACGACGCCUUCGCCAGAGCCUUCAAGGUGUGGAGUGAUGUCACCCCUCUCACCUUCACGCGACUCUUCGACGGCAUCGCUGACAUCAUGGUGUCAUUUGGAAAAGCAGACCAUGGAGACGGCUACCCCUUCGAUGGUAAGGACGGCCUUCUGGCCCACGCCUUCCCCCCUGGUGAGGGCAUACAAGGAGACGCCCACUUUGACGACGACGAAAACUGGACCCUCGGCAAAGGAGCAGCUGUGAAGACUAGCUUUGGCAACGCAGAGGGUGCUCUGUGCCACUUCCCUUUUUCCUUCGAGGGCAAGCAGUACUCCACCUGCACCACGAAGGGGCGCUCUGACAACCUGCUCUGGUGUGCCACCACAGCCGACUACGGCAGAGACAAGAAAUUCGGCUUCUGUCCAAGUGAACUUCUGUACACAUUCGAUGGAAACAGCAACGGCAAAGCAUGUGUGUUCCCCUUUGUGUUUCUGGGGGAGACAUAUGAAGGUUGCACGACGGAAGGCCGCAGCGAUGGAUACCGCUGGUGCUCCACCACAGAGAACUUUGACAAGGAUAAGAAGUUUGGCUUCUGUCCCAACAGAGAUACGGCUGUGAUUGGUGGAAACUCUGAGGGAGAGCCAUGUCACUUCCCCUUCGUCUUCCUGGGAAAUAAGUAUGACUCAUGCACCAGCGAGGGACGGGGAGACGGCAGGCUGUGGUGCGCUACCACCAGCAACUUUGACGCAGACACGAAAUGGGGCUUCUGCCAAGAUAGGGGCUACAGUCUGUUCCUGGUUGCGGCCCAUGAGUUUGGUCAUGCCCUGGGUCUGGACCACUCCAACAUCAGAGACGCCCUCAUGUUUCCCAUGUACAGCUACGUGGAAGACUUCUCCCUGCAUGAAGAUGAUGUUGAAGGCAUUCACUAUCUCUAUGGGUCCAAGACAGGCCCUGACCCCAUCCCCACCAUUCCUUCACCUGGCCCUGAUCCCAAGCCUGACACCACUACCACUAAGUCCACUACCACUACCACCACACACCCUGUGGACCCAUCCCAGAGCCCCUGCCAGAUUAACAAAUUCGACACCAUCACAGAAAUUGAUGGAGACCUGCACUUCUUCAAAGAUGGGCAAUAUUGGAGGAUGUCGAGCAAGACUGAUGGUGGACUGGAGGGUCCGUUCUCCAUGUCAAAGAGGUGGCCGGCUGUGCCAGUCGUCGUUGACACGGCCUUCGAGGACCUUGCGACCAAGAAAAUCUACUUCUUCUCAGGCACCAGGUUCUGGGUGUAUACAGGACAGAGUCUCCUGGGACCCCACAGCAUUGAGAAACUGGGUCUGUCCUCCACUGUAGAGAAGGUGGAGGGAGCACUGCAGAGAGGGAAAGGCAAGGUGCUCCUCUUCAGUGGAGAGAACUACUGGAGGCUGGAUGUGGAGGGCCAGAAAAUCGACACGGGAUAUCCUCGCUUCACAGACCUGGUCUUUGGAGGAGUUCCCCUCGAUUCCCAUGAUGUGUUCCAAUUCAAGGGCAACUCCUACUUCUGCCGGGAUAGUUUCUACUGGCGAAUGAACUCCAACAGACAGGUGGACCGUGUGGGAUACGUGAAGUACGAUCUCCUGAACUGCAGUGGCUCUUAACUAUGGGGGCUGAAGAUUGAAGAACCCUUUCAAUAGGGCCUCUUAGAGUAGUGUCCCAGAUCUGUUUGUUGCCGUCUUGCCAACUUAUAUAUUUAACUUGAAAGUAAUUUAGCAGACACUCUUAUCCAGAGCGACUUGAGAAUGACGGCGAGUGUCUUAAGGUACGGUUUGUGUUUAUGCAGUACCGUUUGGAAAGUUGAAACGUCACCCCAAAGUUUGUGUUUUGUAAAAUGAUUGGCCACCUUCCAUGUACCAACAGUAGAAUGGGUACUUUCCUUCAAAUGGCGUGUGAGUUAACAGGUUCCUGUCAUUUAACCUAGACUAGGGUCCAGAGAGAUAUAACCACAGCUCCAGCAGAAUCGAUUCAAAAUCUGUUGUGGCUUUCACCUGUCUCCCUGGCACAGAUAUUUUGGAUGAGACAUGAAUUUAUAUUUAUUUAUAUUGCUCUUCAGUUUUAUUUUUGUGUUCGACAAUACAAUGUGUUUGUUUAGAGUUAUUUUUAAUAUUUUUUGAACUGGCUCAAAAGCCAAGUAUUUUGCACUGAAUGGCACACCAUGGUCUCUCUCACUUAAGUUAUUUUAGUAUGUAAAUCAAUGUUUUGUAUUAAAACAGAACUGAAAAUUCAAUAAACAAAUAGCACUUCAUUAUCA